GUUAUUGAAAGAAAUGAUUUUAAAAAUUCCGGACUAGCCCAUCAUGGAAAUAUCGAAUGAUCAUAAUAAUCUUGAAAAACCUGUUCAUUAACGAUGAUAUUAUACGAUUGAUUUAUAUUUCACAAUUUCUAAAAGAAUGCGAAACAAAUAAGCCUCCGAGAUCAACCAAUCAACGAUUAGAAUAUCGAUCGCUGACUUUGACGCGCUUAUAUUUAAGCAAGACGCACUUGUGAUUAAGAACUAUUAAAAAAAAUCAGUAACUACCUCGCUCUAACUCUUUCGAAGUAUUAAAAAUGACUACAUAUACAGAUAAAGGACCGAAGCCUUUAGGUGGGAAAUUUAUAUCUUUCGAUCAUCUUAAAUUUUGGGUUGGAAAUGCAAAACAGGCAGCUAGUUAUUAUUGCAAUAGAUUGGGUUUUGAACCGUUAGGUUACCGUGGUUUAGAAACUGGUUCUAGGCGCGUGGCAUCACAUGUCAUUAAACAAAAUCAGAUUAUUUUUAUUUUUGAAUCAGCCUAUGAACCUGAUAAUGAAGAAAUGGGAAGUUAUCUUUCUCGACAUGGAGAUGGUGUUCGUGAUAUUGCUUUCAAUGUUGAGAAUAUAGAUAUCAUUGUAAAAAUCGCAAAAGAAAGAGGAGCCGUAAUAGUAAAAGACAUAUGGGAAGAAAACGAUAAAUAUGGUACUGUAAAAUUUGCUACUAUAAAAACUUACGGAAACACAUAUCAUACACUAAUAGAUCGAUCGAAAUAUAAAGGAUUUUUUUUGCCAGGAUUUCAAAAAUUAUCAGAAGAUAUAUUUUCAAAAAAUUUACCAAAAGUAGGAUUAAAUUUUGUGGAUCACGUUGUUGGUAAUCAACCUGAUAAACAAAUGGAACUAGUAGCAAAAUGGUAUGAACGAUGUUUGCAAUUUCAUCGAUUUUGGUCAGUAGAUGAUACUCAAUUGCAUACAGAAUAUUCAGCUCUGCGUUCUAUCGUAAUGACGAAUUGGGAGGAAACUGUGAAAAUGCCUAUAAACGAACCUGCUCCUGGCAAAAAACGUUCGCAAAUUCAAGAAUACGUUGAAUAUUAUGGAGGAGCAGGAGUGCAACAUAUUGCUCUUAAUACAAACGAUAUAAUUACAGCUAAAACUUUUGUUAUUCUACAGAUAGAAAACUUGCGAGCUCGAGGAAUGGAAUUCUUGGAUGUUCCAGAUACUUAUUAUGAUAUGUUAAGAAAUCGUUUGAAAACUAAUGGUAUAAAAAUUUUAGAAGAUCUUAAUAUACUUCAGAAAUUAAAAAUUUUAAUUGAUUAUGAUGAAAAUGGCUAUCUUUUACAAAUAUUUACCAAAAAUAUGCAAGAUCGACCAACUCUUUUCAUAGAAAUUAUUCAAAGACAUAAUCAUAAUGUAGGUAUUAAUAUAAUUAUUAAAAUUCAGAUAACAAUAAAAAUUAUAAUUAUUUUUGUUCCAGGGAUUUGGAGCUGGAAAUUUCCAAGCACUCUUUGAAGCUAUUGAAAUGGAACAAGCUAAACGUGGCAAUUUAUAAAAAUAUAAUUUAUAUAAUUGAAAUAAAAUAUAAUUAUGUAUAUAAAUUUCUUUCUAGAAAUUUUAAAUUUUAAAUAUAUUUUAAAUUUUUAUUAAAUUAAAAUGUUUUUAAAAUAGAAA